AUGAGCUUUGCAGUUUGCAAGGCUCUUCGCUCGCGAGCUGCAGCUGUUUGUUCGCCUCGUUGCUUCAGCGGUGUCACUUCCAUUGCGAAGCUGCAACGCCGCUGGGAUCGCCUGGAGGGUCUGCUGCAGCGAGUUGAGAGGCCUCGACUGGAGAGCAUCGAGUUUGAGGGGGCACGAUAUCAGCUGCCCGUGCCAGCCAUGCCAACGCCUGCCGAGAGACCCAGCGAGGCGGAGCUUGCGUAUUGGGGCGGCCUUUUCGAUGGCGACGGCUGUGUGACAAUGACUCGCAAAACAGGUCGAAUUAGGCUGACGCUUGGCCAAUCUGUCCGUGGUGUUGAUUUGUUGAUGCGCCUGCGGCUUGCUUUUGGCGGCGGUGUCUACCGAUCAAUGGAUGGGACUGGCUAUCAAUACCCAAGUGUGUGUUGGCAGAUUUGUGGGACUGGCAUGAAGCAAGCAGCGGCCUGGCUGGCAACGUCCUCUGUGAUGAAGCGGGACCAACUUCACAUUGCUUCUGAGGGUAAUGUAGAACAGCAACAAAGACAGCAGGUGGCCGAUUUGCUGAGCCGAAUGAAGCAGAAGGACUUUGUGCCACAACAUGUAGAUAUGUCUUGGCCAUAUUUUGCUGGGUUUUUCGACGCUGAGGGCUGCAUCCAGGUGCCUUCAUCGUGGGUAUCGGUGUCACUGUCGAUAGGCCAGUCAAACCCGCAUGUGUUGCAUUCGUUGAAGGAUUUUUUGCUGGCCCAGUCCAUGUCAAAGUGGCACAUUCACACAAGCAGAGGUUCAUCCCGCCUUGGCUGCACCGACUUCAAGGAUAGCAAGCUCGCGUUGGAACAGUUGAUUGCAAAUGGCCUUCAGCGCAAACUUCCUCAAGCCCAAUUGGCCCUUGGCCUCUCGCCAGAGAGUCACAGCGCCGUGCGCAAAGAAUUGUUCCAGCUUACAGGUCAACAAUCGAGAUAUCGGCGCGUUGGGAGUGAAGUAGCUGAUUUGGCGAAACAAAUUCACUGUUUAAGAAAUCAACUGAGACGCUGUACUUUUGAUGACAAGGCAGAGGCUUUGAUGCGGGAGCUUGCGGGGCGCACUUCUGAGCGUGAAACUCGGCAGCUUGCGUACAAAUGUCGGAUGGUGAGCGCUGAUCUCCGCCGACUGUUGUUUGAGGGAGCGCGGUUGCGGCCCUUGUAA